CGGGGGCGGCCUCCCCGCGCAGCCUCCGGCCCGAGGCCAUUGCUAGCAAAAAGGGGGGAGCCGGCCUGCGGGGGCUGCGGCACACGAGCGCGGGAGCCGGUGCGGUGUCAAGUGCAGCUCGGACUCACGGACCGGGCCGAUUUGCAUUUCACCCUUUCUUCCCUCUGCACCCAGGUGUCUUCAGCAUGGGGGAACAGAACCACUCUCCCGGGAAGGAACUUCAGCACUGGACACGAGCAGAAGCUCCAGGAAAGAAAAGCUGGCCCUCCCAGGCCUAUGCCCUCGGGGCUGUUUCCAACUUUAUGUCUACUUUUCUGACCUUUCCUAUCUAUAAGGUUGUGUUCCGGCAACAGAUCCAUGCUGUGGCGGUGUCGGAGGCUGUGCGACAGCUUUGGCAUGAAGGCCCUCAAUACUUCUACCGGGGAAUCUACCCGCCUCUUCUCUCCAAGACGUUGCAAGGGACUCUGCUGUUUGGGACUUACGAUAGCCUGCUCUGCUCUCUCUCCCCUGUUGGGCCACACUCCCUGGGACACCGCUGGGCUGCAGGGCUCAUGUCUGGGGUGGUGGAGGCUGUGGCCCUCAGCCCCUUUGAGAGGGUGCAAAAUGUGCUUCAGGAUGGUCGCAAGCAAGCUCGCUUUCCCAGCACCUUCAGCAUUCUCAAGGAAUUCCACUCUUACGGGCUCUGGGGGCGGCUGUCGCUGGGUUACUAUCGAGGUUUCUGGCCUGUCCUUCUCAGGAACAGCCUGGGGAGUGCUCUGUAUUUCUCCUUUAAGGACCCCAUCCAGGAGGGCUUGGCAAAGCAAGGCCUGCCCCAUUGGGUGCCUGCCUUGGUGUCUGGGAGUAUCAAUGGAACAAUCACCUGCCUGGUUCUGUAUCCUCUAAUCGUGCUAGUUGCCAAUAUGCAGUCCCAUAUUGGCUGGCAGAGCAUGCCAAGUCUGUGGGCCUCUGUCCAGGACGUGUGGGACACUCGGGGCCGAAAGCUGUUCCUGAUCUACCGUGGGGGUUCCCUGGUCAUCCUAAGGUCCAGCGUGACAUGGGGCCUCACCACUGCUAUCCAUGACUUCCUGCUGAGGAGGUUUCAUUCCAGGAAAGAGCUGCAAGACUGACUAGCUGCAGGAAGUGUGGCCUUGGCAAUUUUGUUAUUCUAAGCCUUCUUGGGUUGGUUUAAAUAGCUUACUUCUUUGGCUUGGUCACCUAAUACAGCUAUUCCUUAACAUCUUUGAACUGUCAGUGCACUGGAGAAGUUCCCAACUACCAGCCUGUUGGACAAAGACAAAGCCCAACACGGUUCCUUGGUUAGAAAGAGAAAUUUACCCCAGUCUAUCCACAGCUGCAAUGGCCUCAGACCCAGGAAACCUUUAAGUAACUCAGAACCCAGAUGGAAUGUCAUUUCUUUAAGGAAUUCCUUGACAAUAAGAGGAAACUCUAAAAGAUGCCUUUAAUUAGGCACUGUGAGUUCUGGGGCCCCUCCAGUUGGCCUCCGGACCAAACUGGAUGGAGGACCAGGAAUUCCAAUUUCAGAGAACUAAGCUUGACUCGUAGGACUGGGAUUUCAUAGACUUUCUCAGAUGGCUGCAUUUUCACGACAUUGUUCCCUGCUCUUACCACCACCACUCCCACUUCUCAAGGCUGUGGGUUGAGAAGUUUCGGGAUAGCAGUUGUGGCUGGAAAUCCUAAAUUAGACUUGCCUCAACUGAUCAGGUGCCACAAGAACUUGUGGGGCUGGAGGUGGGAGUGGGAAGAAGUGUGGUCCCUGGAUGGAUAGAAAGAAUAGACUUUGAAAGAAGAGGUUUAGUUGCAUGCAGCAUAGAAAAUUCUGUAGAUUGCUUGGUGUUAAAUGCUGGGAUGUUUUUGAUAGCAAGGCAAUAAUAACAUUGCCUAGAAACAUUUGAGUUUCCCUAAGAAAUCUGAAACUCGAAUGAGUAUCUCUUCAUAAAUAAUUUCAUAUUUUCUUGUUGGGGAUAAAUAUGGUUACUAGGAUGCAAAUGAAAGAUCUGAAAUCUUAGCCUGUCAUUCAGAGCCAUUUAAAAUAUGGUCCCCAUCAAACUUGUAGCAUUUUACCACACCACUCCCACUUACAUGGAUCCCAUAGAGCAGCCAAACUGGACUAUUAGUUCUCUCCCCAAGCAUGCCACUAACUUUUUCAUGGCCAUGCUUUUUUGACCCACACUAUUUUUUCCACCUGCAGUACCCAUUCUCCACAUGCCAGUCUGCAAAAUCCUUCCAGUUCCUCAAAGUCCAGCUCAGAUGCCACCUUCUCUAAGGAGCGUCUCCUGAUGGCCCCCAACUGAAUGUGAUGUUAGUGUCUUGUGAUGAUGCCCAUCGCCAUUAACCCCUCAUACAUGGCACUGAUUCCAUUAUGUCAUUGAUCUCAUGUGAUCCUGUGUUCUUGAUGUUCUUCAAUACCUCCUACUAGACUGUAAAACUCCUUGAAAGCAGGGAUUCUUCUACGCAGUUUUAAAUCUCCCAUGGUGCCUAGGUGCUCAAUAAUGUUGGCUGAAUUACUGAAUUGAUUAUCAAGCUGUGAUAUGGUCUUUAUCCUCAGGGUGCUGUCCCUUGUACAUGAAGAUAAUGUUAUUGAUUCACUGUCAUCAAGACACCUGCCUUUGGGGUGUCCUUUUUGUUUUAUUAGUGAGUUUACUUUUGUGUGCUAAUGAUAAUGAUGCUGAUGAUAAUAACAACAAUAAUUAAACAAUGACUUUCA